AUCAAAUCGUUUGCAACAGUUCCAUCGAGUCUUUAUUAAGUAAAUGGAACCAAAGCCCACGACAGAUCCAGCUUAUGGAUUCAUAGUUUAUCAGACAAAUGUCACCUACCACAAUCCACCGCCCACCGUGCAGCGAGUGGAGGAGACCUUCUGGUUGGAUACCCUCUCUCCAGCAGAACGCAUCGCCAUCAUUCUCUCGUGCACCAUCUUACUCACGAUCAUACUGACAGGUAUUUGCUACCAUGCAUCCAGUCUGUGCAAAAGUCGAUGUCGAAGAGGUGAGAGGGAGGUUGCGCGAGAGCGAGCUGAAUCACGAGCCAGGGAUAAUAACGGACAGUUGUGGUCACAGGUACACAGGGCCACAGCUCCACAAGGGCCCAUUCAAGUUAGAUCCAGCCAGAACCAGUUAACCGUCCCUCAGGUUGUGAUCUAUAACACGGCAGGAGGCUGCACUUUUCCUGUGCCCAUCCACAGGGAGCCCUCUUCACACUCACUCGCUCAUCUACCCGGUUCCCAGUCUCCCCGACUCCAGCAUAGUGACCUCCCUUCCCCACCGCCCAUGUACACAUCACCCCGUACCCAGCCCUCCGCUCCAUCAGCAGAGGCCGUGUCUGGGAUGAAUUAUCACGAGCCUGGAGAGAAAUGAGGCCCAAGAUUGGUGUGCUGCGGUGAUAUAGUGCCCUCUUAAAAAAAAAGGAUGAGACGCCACAAGUAUUCCGAUAAUUCUGGGUGCUAUUUUAUAGCCGCGCACUUUAUAGCCCGACAGACCACCCAAGCUGCAACCAAUGCUUUAUUGCUUCUUACUUUACUGUUAUCUCGAUCGAUUGCCUUAUCUGACACAUAAAAGCUGUCAACAUGCCUCUAGCGGAUAUUAACGGUCGGCUGCAGACUACUACAUGUAAUCUUAGUUCACGCAGUCAGUCUGCCGGACUUGUGAGUCCCGCUUAUGUUAGAUUAGUUUCGAUACUACAAAGAAGCCAAAAAAAAAAAAAUGAUCGCAAUAAAUAAAUAAACUACCCAAA